GUCUUUCUAAGUGUCUGCCGGAUACUUUUCAAGGGCUUUUUGCAGGGAAUGCGCAGUCCAUGCUUUAUGUCGAUGUCUCGAGUAUCAUUCUAUAAUUGUUCGUUGAAUGUGAGACAAGAAUAGAAUGAUACCCAAGAGCACUCGGGUGACCUUUCCGAACGCAGCCUAAUUGCACUAAUUCAGAGUGUAUCUUUCUCUUUUCACAUGCUCCCACAUUAGAAAGAAAAAAACAAACUCUGAAUUAGUACAGUUAAUAUGAUCAGCAUUUUUGUUUGCUAUCCUCCAAUAGAAGAACGUUUUCUACAGACAAAAGUAUUGCUCUUCAGAAAUCCUAUCUCCUAUUGGAUAUCAGAUUGUCAUACGUCGACUGUCGAACGCAGUGUGAACUGUGUGAAUCCUACCUUUAGCUUCUCUCUACAUAUUCCGAUACUUUCUUUAAAUUUUAUCAGACGUGUAGCUUUUUAAUUUUACAAUUCAAACUUAGUUAAAAAUGUUCAAAUUUGGAUUUGCCGAAAGUGCGAACGAUACUGUUGAAGAUAGUGAGCAAAAGGAUAGAUUAGAAUGGAUUUCCGCCUUUAAACUCGAAAUAACGACCGAACAAAUUGGAGCAAAAUAUGAGACUGAUUAUUAUACAGAGACUAAAGUGUUUCCUGGUUAUAAUUUAAAAUUAAUCCGCUCUGAUAAAAUAACGCAGAAUUUAACUGAUCAAAAUUGCAAGAUAAUUGUUGAGGCUGAGUCGAAACAUUCCGAUCUCAUUCCAGCAAAAUACGAAGGCGGGUUAAAAAUCUGGGAAUGUACAUUCGAUUUGGGUCAGUACAUACUGGAGAAGGAAAUCGAAUUGAAAGACAAACUGGUCAUGGAUUUAGGAUGCGGCGCGGGAUUAAUUGGUCUUUUGUCUCUUCGCAAAAGUUCAAUAGUCCAUUUCCAAGAUUACAACGCAGAAGUGCUAAAAUUCGUAACUAUUCCGAACGUGAUAUUGAAUUUUGACGAUCAUAUGACUACACUGACGAAGUGCGAAUUUUAUGCCGGGGAUUGGUCUUCUUUCGCGACAUUACUUGACGAAAGUAAAAAGUACGAUUAUAUUUUCACGAGCGAAACGAUCUACAACCCGAAUAAUCAUAAAAAGUUGUACGAGAUUUUUAAGUCAAAGCUAAAACCUGAUGGCGCUGUAUUUGUCGCUGGGAAAACAUACUAUUUUGGCGUGGGUGGUGGAAUGAGACAGUUCGAGAAUCUCAUCUUGAAGGACGGAUUUUUCAACAGUGAGUUGGUGUGGAGAAGUCAAGACGGAGUUAAUAGAGAAAUUCUCAAACUUACGAGGAAAUCGUAAUAAUCAAGAAUAUCACAAGGUGUAUAAUAUUAUUGUCUUCGUAAUACUAUUAUAAGGUAUUGAUUCGGAAUGUUCACACAGCAAUCACUUGCUGACAGCUCUUUUGCUGAAAAAUUCUCUUCUUACAUACGCAAAAAUUGUUAAUUUUUCUAUUUUCUUUUAUCAAUAAAUGUGCUUUUUUUA